CAACACAAAAUGUCUCUGCCGUCUAACUUGAACCCUGAUGAGGCUAGUCCACCCUGGCUGAACAAAGGUGAUAAUUCUUGGCAGCUAACUGCAGCUACCCUGGUGGGUCUCCAAAGUGUGCCGGGUCUCGUAAUCCUAUACGGUAGCAUAGUGAAAAAGAAAUGGGCUGUGAACUCAGCCUUCAUGGCACUUUACGCCUUUGCAGCGGUUCUUGUAUGUUGGGUUGGGUGGGGUUACCGGAUGUCAUUUGGGGACAAGUUCAUUCAUUUCCUAGGAAUGCCCAAUGUUUCCUUGGACGCUCAGUACCUCAUCGAGCAGGCUUUUCUUGGAUAUUUGCCAAAUGCAACCAUGAUCUACUUCCAGUUUGUGUUUGCAGCUAUCACUUUGAUUCUGGUGGCUGGGGCAUUGCUUGGAAGGAUGAAUUUCCUUGCAUGGAUGUUGUUUGUGCCACUUUGGUUGACAUUUUCCUACACUAUAACUGCCUACAGUAUCUGGUGCCCUGAAGGGUGGCUAUCUAAGAAAGGCAUUAUCGAUUACUCUGGAGGAUAUGUUAUUCAUUUGUCUUCUGGUGUAGCUGGUUUCACUGCAGCUUACUGGGUUGGACCAAGAACCACCAAGGACAAGGAGAGGUUCCCACCAAACAAUAUCCUGCUGAUGCUGGCAGGGGCAGGACUACUUUGGAUGGGAUGGACUGGUUUCAACGGUGGUGAUCCCUACACAGUCAGCACCGAUGCAUCGUUAGCCGUCCUAAACACCCACGUCUGCACUGCCACAAGCUUAUUGACAUGGCUCAUGCUUGACAUUAUUUUCUUUGGAAAGCCAUCAGUGAUUGGAGCCACACAGGGAAUGAUCACUGGCUUAGUUUGCAUCACCCCUGCAGCAGGAGUGGUGCAAGGUUGGGCAGCAAUAUUGAUGGGGAUGAUGUCUGGUAGCAUCCCAUGGUACACCAUGAUGGUCCUCCACAAGAAGAUAGGGCUCCUCAAGCAAGUCGAUGACACCAUGGCGGUGUUCCACACGCAUGCCGUAGCAGGUAGCCUAGGAGGCAUCCUGACUGGCCUGUUUGCGGUGCCUAAGCUCAACCGACUUUUCUACUUGGUAGAUAACUGGCAACACUACAUUGGUUUUUUCUACGGACUCCAUACAGGUCACACCGAAGCCGGGUUCAAGCAACUCGGUAUUCAAUUGCUAGGAAUCGUAUUCGUAGUGCUCCUCAACAUAUUCACCACUAGCGUGAUAUGUCUGUUGAUCAGGCUGAUCAUUCCACUGAGAUUAGCUGAGGACGAAUUGCAAACCGGGGAUGACGCAAUCCAUGGAGAGGAAGCUUAUGCACUGUGGGGUGAUGGGGAGAAAUAUGAAUCUAAGCUGAAUUCGAUUUAUGAAGAAUUCCCACCACCAUCAAAAGGUGGUGAGGUUCAAAUGAAUCAAAUGGCUUGAUUUGAUCAUGUGUGCUUCACAGUCACACAUUGUGGGGAAUUGGUCCCAUAACUUCCUCUGAAUGUUUGUUCCCACUUUCUUACUGUAUUGUCUGUUUGAUUGUCGUUUUUCAUUUCUAAUGAUUAGAUUCCACAUAAGUCGGUUGAACCAGGAAAGCAAAAAGUGAGAAAUUAAGGUGCCCAUCGAUAGAAAUAAGAACCCUACCAAGCUUUCACUCUUGUAUUUCUUGUUGAAUACAAUCAUAUGUUUUGGUGCUAUUUCAACUUUGCAUUUUCCGUUCAGCUUUUCUUUUUUUGUGAAUUUAUUUUUCCUAUUGGAGACACUCUUAAUAAAUACAUCUUUGACAUUGUCUUAUAAUGUCUAUGACACCAAACCAAUUUAUACCAAUUAACCCAAAGUCAUUCAAUUUGAAUAUUGUGAAAAGAAAAUAACAGUUAGAGAAGCUUGUCCUUUAAAAUGAAAUUUGUUAUUUUGCAUAGCACUCUUGUGAUUGUGAAAGCUUCUGCAUUAGUAUCAGUGCUCAAAAAAUUCCCAAUGGAGAUGGCUGGGGGAAAAGAGGAAAAAAAGAAAUGCAGUGGAUUGAGACAAAAAAGAGCCGAAAGGAAUGACUAAAGUGUCUAAAUGCAGAUGAUGGUAUAAUAGAAAUAGACAGCAGUGAUAGGAGAAUUUGCCAAACAGGGGUGGACCGAUUUUCCCUAUCAACAACGAAAAGGGAAUUUUUCUCCGCUGGCCGCCUGCUACAAUUUCUCCACUUUUUCUCAUAAAAUAAUUUCAAUUAUUAGUUUACUUCAAGUUCGGGACAUUUGAUAUUAAAUGCCAAAAGAUUAUCAAAAUGGGUUGAUUAGGAAUAAGGAAAGGAAAGGAAGAAAAGGUUGUCCAUUGUUUACAAAUAUUAUUAUUUUAUUUUUGUGUGUGUUCAUUUUUUAGGAAACCAGCAAAAGCAGAACAGCUUUCGAAGAAAACAGUGAGGAAGAAAAAAAGUCGUUUCGGAGUGAGUAAAUAGAAAGGAAAAUAAAUAAAAGAUCAAAGCUUUGUAAUAACUUCAGAUCUGCAAGUUUUUAAAAGAGUUGGUUGCCUUUUGACUGUGUGCUGUGAAAAAAAUUCGAAAUUCUGAAAAGAACUGGAAUGAUCCGCUGUCGUUUUAGAAUGAGCAAGCCGCAUUGAGCUUUUCGAUCUUUGAAGCCAGGCAGGGCAGGCGAGAGUAGUAAUGGAGUCGGAAACGGCGUCGUCGGCGGAUGAACAGCAACUGUCCGGUUCUGCAGCUGAUACCAGAGGCAAGCAUCGGAUUCUUGCUGAACUUAAGCGUGUCGAACAAGAAUCCAAGUUCCUCGAGUGGUAUUAUUUGGGUAAUAGUUUUAGUUGGAAACCAAGAUCUUUAUGCUUGAGUUGAGGAGGAAAACUAUUCAUGGUAGAUCUUAGCAUUGGGCUGGGAACACGAGACAACCACAUCCAAAAGCUAGCUUUCGAUAGGAGAGUCGAAAGUCCAAAUAAACUUCCUAUAAAAUACUAUAAAUUCAAUGUGGUAUUCAAGUCAACUAUCCACUGGAAUCCAAGCGCCCCUAUGGGUUGGCUUUGCAAUUUAGAACCACGCCCUAAAAACUAGCUUCCAGGGUGAAAGACCUCGGCUCCAUACAAAACUCUCACUACUGUCAUUGUGGAAUUCAGGGAUGUUGCAGAUAUGCUCUUCAUCAGGUUAUACUGAUGUUUAGGAAGUCCCAAUUGGAGGCGGGAUGAAGUUCCAGAUCAGUCAUGUUAUGGCCGCUCUAUAUGGGAUGUGCUAAACUUUCUUUCUUUUUGUCCCAUUUUACCUAAUGAAAUAAUCUUUAGUUCUUAAAACACCAUAAUCUGAAUUCUGAACUUUGUCGGUCUUGAUUGCUUCCCGUAUUUGAAGAAUUAAGGUGAUAUUCAGUGUAAAAAGGGCUGGAUGAAUCCGUGUCAUGACUAAGAGCUUUUGGAAUUAUUAUUUGACUUUGACUUUGACUUGCUGUUCUUGCUAACCGUCACUUUGAUUGGUCAUGCUUUUAGCAAUGUUAUGCACUUGCACCACGUAAUAAAACCUAUAUAGAGUACAUUAGCACCCCAUAGACUAGCCUAAUUAGUAUGAAGUUGCUGAUCAUAGGCUCAUAAAUUUAGCUUUUGUCGUGCCCAUUUUUGCGCAUCUUUACUGCUUUCUUAGGCAGAUGAUGAUUUCUAAUUGACAUGUCUUACUUUGAGCAAUGUCAAACUUUAGUGACUCAAAAUUUUGCUGUGUGCUGAAAAGGUACCACAUUACAGUUUAGUAUGUCUUAUUCUUUCAUGUAUUUUUCAUUUUUUCCAGGAAGAGAUGGAAGAGCUUGAGAGAACUGACAAUGUAUCAACAUUGUCUGAGGAGUUGCUGCUUAUCAUGGAGACAAGACCUGAUCCACUACUCCCAUU